ACAAAAAGGAAAGGAAAGUUUCCGACGUCGGUUUCUUAACAUUCUCAAAGUUGCCGACGGAGAAGCCAUGGCGACGACGAGGACAAACGAGGAAAUUGACAGAGAAGCAGAGGAGAAUCGAAAAGAAGCUCUAUUAGCUUCAACACUAUCUCUUCAACCCAAUUUUAAUCGAUCCAACCUCACCCAGAAACAAAUUUCCAAAUUACAGGAGCUACACAAGAGACGUAUGCAAAUAAAAGCUAAUGCAAAGAUUCAUAAGAAGAAACCUAAAGCGAGCAAGAAUUCUCAGAGUAAAGCGAUCGAAGAUGGCGAAAGCUCUAAAAAGUUGAAAGAACCAACUUCUUCUUCUUCUUCUACCUUAGAAGAACAGAAUCAUAACAAGACAGUAGUCACAGUACCGAAGAAGCCACAAAAACUGUUUUGGGGGCUAGAUACCAGGGAGAGGUGGGAAAGGAAAGCCAACAUGUAGUGGUCAUGAAAAGAUUUCUCGUUAUUGAUAACGUCGUCCAUUGUACAAUUUAAGAGUAGCAGAUUAGAGAAAGACUCACAAACUAAAUGAUGAAACAAACUGGUUUUUGUUCUGCUGA